AACAAUUGUGCUCCAUCAUUUAUUGAAACUUGGAAAUGCACGAGCUCACUAGAGAUGAGUCAGAGGAGUGGAAUUCCUGUGAACAGUGCGGAAAGAAUUUUAAUAGCAAAAAAAAUUUAAGAAGACAUUUGAAAUUCCACCAAGACUAUAAGAAACCAUUUACUUGCGAUUUUUGUGAAAAGGCUUUUUAUCAGAGUUCAAACUUAAAACAGCAUUUGAGGAUACAUACCAAAGAAAGACCCUUUGCUUGCAAUCAAUGUGACAAGACUUUUUCAUACAAUUCAAGCUUGACGAGACAUUUAAGAGUCCACACUAAGGAGAAGCCUUGCGAAUACUGCGACAAGACUUUCCGCAGCUGCUCGGAUAAGAUAAAGCACGUGAGGAUUCACACUAACGAAAAACCGUAUUCUUGCAAGUAUUGCGAGAAGACAUAUUCCGAUAGUUCAGCCUUGAAAUCCCAUGUGCAGUGGAAGCACACCAAGGAGAGGCCCUUUCCAUGCAGCGAUUGUGAGAAGAGUUUUGUCACGAGAACGUGUCUGAAAGUCCAUGCAACAGUACAUGGCAAAGGGAGUGUGGCCAUUAGAAAGAAGCCACCGAAGUCUGUUUUCCUGUAGUGAAUGUAAGAGGACUUCUGCCCGAAGCCCGUUUGUGAAAAAGCAUGUAAGAAUACCAAGGGCGA